AUGCAACAAAAAUCAAGAAGUCUCUUCAAUUUCAGUGGCCUAACAAAUUCAAACCCUCCAUGUUGUAACUCAUCGUUGUUGAAACAAUUCACAAUUUGUGGUUUAAUUAAAAAAUCUGAUGAAAAACACUUUUCCAGCAAUUUCAAAGGUACACCUUUACAUGAAAGAAAGUUCAGGUCGUCUGUACUUUAUUUCAUUGCGGCAGGUGUAUUCAUGAUUGGAGCUACCUAUGCUGGAGUUCCUCUGUACAGAGUUUUUUGCCAGAGAACUGGUUUAGGGGGAGAAGUGCGGAGAGAGAAGGACACAGAAAAGUUGCAAAUAAUGAAACCAGUUACUGAUCGUGUAAUUAAAGUUCGUUUCAAUGCUGAUGUCAGUUCUAGUAUGCAAUGGAAUUUUAAACCACAACAGGCAGAGAUUGGAGUCCUUGCAGGUGAAACAGCCUUAGCUUUUUAUAGAGCUAAAAAUCCAACAGAUAAGGCAAUAAUAGGAAUUUCAACAUACAAUGUUGUCCCAUUUGAAGCAGGACCUUACUUCAACAAAAUUCAGUGUUUCUGUUUUGAAGAACAAAGAUUGGGCCCACAUGAAGAGGUUUUUCACUUUUUUGCUUAA